CGUAAUGGAAACUGUCAGAUGAUAGUAAUUUAGAUAUGUUGUUGUGUUCCCUUCUUAAAAUGUUAAACAGGACAUAAUACAAGUCCAUGGUUUGUUCUGCUGAGAGGAUUGUGUUUUACGUCACACCGGAAACCUUUGUUUGUUGACGGAAGCUUUCUCACGCAUGUUUAAGUAGCUAGCUAACUAGCGUUUCGGUGCUUGUCGCGCUAUGAGUGACAGCAAUCCGCUGAUUAAAGGCAAGUUAGGAGCUUUCCGAGAACUGAAACGAGAUGCUGGAGUCGCAGCAGCUCCUCUAUCACGGGGGCGGCAUAUCAAACGGUGCCGCCCAAUCCGCACAGGACCAGUUUGAAUUCAGACCACUCAAGGUGGAGCCGGACACCCUGUGCAUGUCCCAGGCCGAGGAGCUGGCCAUGCUGAGAGUCCGCGUGCAGCAGCUGGAGAGAGAGAUGGCCCGCCUCGCCGCCGAGAACCACCACCUCAAAGACCUGCUCGUCAAGGAGAUCCCCGGGCUACUAUCAGCCAUGAGACAGACACUAGCCCCUGGACCAGCCCCAGGACCAGCACCAGGACCACCAGCACCAGGACCAGCACCAGGCCAUGGGCCGAGCCCCGGGCAGCAUGGGCCGAGCCCCGGGCAGCCAGACCUGCUGUGCUCACUCUCGUCCUCCCCGUCCUCCAGUUCCUCGUCCAUGGGCAGCGGCGACCGCGGCUACGGACUGCUGUCGUGGGCGGAUCACGGCGCGGCCGGCGGCCCAGACUCCAUCCCGUCCAUCUCCUGAGCUGCUGCGCGGGCGGCACGAGGGCCUGGACGGCGGCGUGGGAGGCGGUGGCCU